GGGAUUCAUAGUAAACCCUGAUGUGCAAACACUUAAACAUUUCAGCCUGAUAUUGUUUUGAAUGAAGUUCAUAAUUUCUUACACUAAGAAGACAUGUAAAUAAAAGCGCUCGUUCAAACUUUAUGUAUACAUUGGCAUUUAAAUGUUCACCUGAAAUACAGGUUAAGUCUUGGGAAAUAUUUCAAAAUCAAUUUAAUUAGUUCUACUUUGAUGGAACAUUCAAAGUUACCACAAAAAGCUUUCAAUACAGGACAACAGGAUCCAAGAGCAUCAAACUCAUUAUAUGGUUACCACGCAGAACCAACUUUUCUGAACAAAGUUGAGAAAAAAAAUACCAGUAUGACCAAAUAUACAGCUGAAGGCACAAGUUCUGCGCAAAGUUUUUCAGCACCAGGAGCCGAAGACUAGUUGUAUCAAAGAAUGAUAAAAAACGAAGUUUUACCAAUGGAACAAUACAACGGAUCUUCUAGUGACACUAGAGCACUUUCUCGGCAAGAUGAUAAAAACAACAGAGGUACAUCACAGGGUGGGCUAGGAUAUCACAUGGAUACAACCCAAGCAGAAGAAGGUAUAGGAUGUUGCGGCUACAUACUGAUGGGACUAUCCUACUUGCUCAUCAUCAUCACAUUUCCCAUCUCACUCUGUAUGUGCAUUAAGGUGGUGCAAGAAUAUGAAAGAGCAGUUAUCUUCAGAUUGGGUCGGCUUUUACCAGGGGGCGCCAAGGGACCAGGAUUGUUCUUCAUCGUCCCGUGUUUGGACAGCUACACCAGUGUUGAUCUGAGAACUAUUUCAUUUGACGUCCCCCCACAAGAGAUCCUUUCUAAAGACUCUGUGACAGUAGCUGUAGAUGCUGUUGUCUACUACCGCAUCAGCAAUGCAACAAUAUCUGUCACAAAUGUAGAAGAUGCUGCCAGAUCAACAAAACUUCUCGCAGCUACAACCCUGAGGAACGUCCUGGGAACCAAGGAUAUGGCAGCCAUCUUGGCCGACAGAGAACAGAUAAGCCAGAUGAUGCAGAGCAGCUUGGAUGAGGCUACUGACCCAUGGGGUGUCAAGGUUGAGCGUGUAGAAAUUAAGGAUGUGCGUCUACCAGUUCAGUUGCAACGUGCUAUGGCUGCAGAAGCUGAGGCCUCCAGAGAAGCCAGAGCCAAGGUCAUCGCAGCAGAGGGAGAAAUGAAAGCGUCGCGUGCCUUGAAGGAAGCCGCCGAUGUUAUGGCUGAGAGCCCCUCAGCCAUUCAGCUUCGUUACCUACAGACCCUCAACACGAUUUCUGCCGAGAAAAACAGCACCAUCAUUUUCCCACUGCCCAUAGAUUUCCUGAAAGGUUUCAUGGACAGAGGACCACAAACAUCAAUGUAGGAUUGUGUCUAGAGACUGAAUAAAAAACUGAUUUUGAUUGGUUGAUUCAGGGUCAUGUGAUUCAAACUGGCUUGUGAUAGGUCAGUUCCAAUGGAAGCAUUACUACUCACUAGUACAGAGAAAAAAAGAACAAAAAUACAUUUAUUCAGACUGUUAGUUAACUGUUCAUAUUCAGGCUGUUUUAAAGGAUUAUAUUCUUCACGGAUUUAUUAUUGCUUACGACCAAUAUGACUCCAAGGGACAUUAGCCUCACACAAGCUUAACAAAUCACUUAACUCAGUGGGUCAGAUCCCUGACUCAUAAACUUGUAUAAUAGAAUAUAUUGGACUCAAAUAACUACAUGUACAUGUAUAUAUUAUGAAGAGAAUAGUUGAUUGAGUUCCAAAGUUCAGAUUGGGCACCAUGGAGGAUUACUGGAGUAAGUCUUACAUCUCGUGUGUGUGUUCUUUUCCCCUCCCUGUCAAUUUCCUGACUCACAUCUUGUGUCUGACGGAAUAAGGGAGGAGGGGGUUGUAUCAUUGUAUUGAUGCAAGAGAAAGUUGGAUCAGUAUAUAUGUGGACAUAUCCACUUAUAGGACUGCCAUGCCUAGCAAAAAGCCUAGUGCUCAUUGCAUACACAAGCUUGAUUUGAACUGGACUGAAAGAUCGGGGCUAUGAGGCAUAAAAUUAUUCUAAUAUGGGAUUCAAUGCUGAUAGCCCACAAGGCUUAUAUGCUACAGUAUGGCUAAAAACUGAGUGAAUUUAAGCCCAAUGCAAUAUUCAUAAGUAUUAGCAAUCACA